AUGAUGCUGGCUCGUGAAGAUGCUUCAGAUUCAGAUUCUCCAUCUCAAGCUCUUCCUGUUGAGCUGUUGAUUUUCACGAUUGGAGCAAGUUCGCCAACGACCUCUGUGUUAGAGAUUGCCUUUGUUGCGUGGCUAUUUGGAACAGAAAAUCCUCAAAGCCGCUGCAAGUGGCCACCGUUACCUCUGUCAGGAGCACCAGCUGCUGCACUGGAAAUUUGUAGCACCUUUCCUUUACUGUUCUCUUCCCCCUCCUUAAAGCCCAUUAAUGCCCAAACCUAUUAA